AAAUUAUGUUGAAAAUAAGUGGACCAAAAAGUAAUUUUGUUUGAAAAGUUAUUUUGCUGAAAAUCUAAAUUUGAACAAUGAAUUAAAGUUGACAUUAUUGUAGAUAUUUUACAUACAAAUAGAAAGGAACUGUGCAAGGUGAAAGCAUAGUUAAGAAGAAUUUGAUCUAGUAGUGCAGAAUGUGAAGUUAUCAGAAUGCGUGUACCAGCAUGCACGGCACCUCACGUGCCACAUACGGUACCAGAAUUGGCAGCUGUCACAUCGGUGGAAGGCUGGGGCAAUACUAGAGUGAGAGUUGUUGGCCGACUGCGGGACUCUUGCCCAAUAAACAAUACUGCUGUGUUGGAGUCAGUAGCAGAACCACAAGUUUUCACCAUUAUGGUAAACACUGGAGCGGUAGAUUUCUGGGUUGAGGAUAAAUCGCAAGUGGUAAUCUUCGGAGAACUGGAUGUGGUACAUGGCUCUCCGUGCCUCAUAGCAAAAAUUAUUCGUGAAUGCAAUAAUUUAAAUUUGCAAAAGAAUAAUCGUGCCAUCGAGGUUGUUCGUUGCCGCUUCCCCCACAUCCUCAAGUGACGCCUUUAUCACAUAUUCUGCGCAACUUAUUUAUAAUGUCUGAAUAGUGAUUUUCAUCAUAUGUGCAGUAUAAUAUAGUACAGAUAUGUAUAUAUAAAGUAUAUAUACAUAUAUAUAUGCAAAUAUUUUGAUCUGUAGAAGAGUUUCAAAUUACCAUUUACAGAGUUAGUUUUAUAGUUAGGCCAUCCAAGGGGAAUAAAUAUUGUUGACACAAAUAGUGUGCAAAACGAUUCUCAUAUUCUGUCAUGAGAGCUCUCAGUGCCAGAUAUAUUUGGAGAUUUAAAAAGCUUCAAGAAAAGCACAUGUUCCAACAUAGAAACUUGUACUGUUCUGUGUAUUUACACGAACUUGCCCAUCAACGUGAAUUUGUUCAUUUUCCUGACGUUUUUCUUCAUUGUGAUCUUCUUGAUGUAGAUAAGGUAAAAAAGCACUGUCACAGACACAAUCAUUCUGGCUUAGCAAAGCCUUACGAAGUGUUACGUCACGAAUCAUUGUGGUUUAGUAAAGCCUAGCGGAGUGUUACAUAACAAAUCAUUGUGGUUUGGUUACGCUUUUGGGAAGUGUCAUGUCACGAAUCACUAUGGUUUAGUGAAGCCUAGUGUAGUUUUACGUCACAAAUUACUGUGGUUUAGCAAAGUCUUGCAGUGUGUUAUGUCACAAAUCAUUGUGAUUUAGCAAAGAGUAGCAGUGUUACAACACAGUGGACUUAUGCAAGAUCAGGAGCAUUAUGAGCAGUACUAGCCACUCUGAAGCAUUUUGCGAUGAUUUACAGGAGGGACAGGAACAGCUUCACCAUGUCUCGCUCCACACACAGGAAGGUGCCCAACAGGUCCAUCAUGAUAAUAAAACAGGGGUGACACAUGCAGCAACUGGAGUAGACACUUGUCAUGGUAAUGUGUGCAAAAUUAAAGAAAAUGAAAGAGAUUUGAGCCUGGGAGAAGAAAAGGUUCCUGAUCAAGGAAUAGGUAGCAUUUUGGAAGAUGAAGGGGAAGUUGAAGUCGGGCAAAGAUCAAAGGAAACAGAAUACUUUGAGAGCUCUGCUUCCAAAUGUAUUACUGGACAAGUAGCAUCAGGUUGCUUGGAGUUAGAAGGUGCUGGUAAUGAAUUAAAAACAAUAUUUAGAGAUACCCAAAGGGAAUUUCUUUCUGCUGUUUGUGAAACUGAAAGUGAACUUAACCAAAUAUUUACAAGCUCUUCAUCAAUUAGUUUAUGUGCUAAUGAACAAGCCAUUAAAGAUUCUCACCCUGAAAUAAGAGAUUCUGAAGGCAACAUUUUACAAUUAAAAUGUGAUUCUGUCUCUUCUGACAGCACUUGUAAUUCUAAAGACAUAGUUGGGGAUGUGCAUGUUGACAGUGAGCAUGACCAAGGGAACUCUAGCCUUCAUGAUGCUAGGAUAAAAAGUGCUAAGCUUGUUGUUGAUGAACUUGAUGAUGCACAUGUUGGUGUAAAUGUGUGUGGCCUACAAGAUAGACAUGUUGUGGAUGCUUCAUGCCAUCAAGCAUCAAAAGUGAACAUGGAUGUGGAUUUUGAGUGUAAUACAGUGAUAUCCAGUAGUGUAAAUAUAUGUUCAAAUUUGCUUGCCAAAAAUAAUACUAGAACAAACAAUAAUAUAGCAUUAGAAGCAGUAAGAGGAGAAUUAUUUAAAGAUAUAAGGAUAGUUGACAUUGAUAAAGAAAAGAUUGUAAGCACUGAGAAGGAAAUUAAUUUUGAAGAAAAAGUGAUAUUGCCUCAGCGAAGACAUGCUGAGUACCAUGGUUGUGAACAACUACAAUCUGAUGAAUUAUUGACUAUUGGAAAUGACGAGAGGUGUCUGAAGGCACUGCCACUCUCGGCUCCUUCCACUCCCGUUCCUUCUUCUUCAAGCUCAGUCAGGAAAGUACUUAGAUCUCAGGGAUGCCGAGGUCGACGAGUUUCGUUCCCUGAAGAUGAAACCUAUCUAAUAUCCAGUUACUUGGAGCCUGUUAAUCCUUGGCAACAAAUGGGAGGAGUAACGGUAGAAGAAAUAGCAGCAGCUUACAGGUCUUCGUGUGAACGACAUCGUACACAACCACUUCCAGGAGUGUUGCAACAAAUUAAAGCUUUGCCAUUAGCUAUUGGAGGACGUGUGGAGUGCCUCAGUCUACGUGGACUUAGGUUGGAAGGAGGUCAGUGUGAAGGCUUGGAAGAGAUAUUCCGAAGAGUACAGUUUAAAAUCUUGGACCUGGAAGGUUGCUCUCUUGAUGAUGAUACGGCUAUUCCUCUCUUUGAUAUGAUUGAGUUUUAUGAUUCAGCUACACAGUUAAAUAUUUCAUGCAAUGGAAGAAUUGGCUUUCGAGGUUGGCAGGCUUGUUCCCGGAUGUUGAAACGAACUCCUUCUGUUGAAUAUUUAGAUGCUCGUAAUACAAACUUAAACGAAACAAACAUGCCAAUACUUGGUAGAGCGCUGCGUCUUGGAGCUCGAUUGCACACUUUGCAUCUUGAGAAUUGUAACUUGACUGGACGACCACUAAUAAUGCUGACUGCUGCCCUUAGACAAAAUGAUACUCUAUCUGAAUUAUAUUUAGCAGAAAAUCGACUUGGUGUGAAUGACUGCAUACAACUUGGUAAUUUAGUUCGUGCCAAUAACACUCUUCGUCUCCUUGAUCUUCGAAACAACAACGUUCAGGAUGUUGGAUGUAGCCAUGUAUGUGAAGGUAUAGCAGCGCAACAGAAGCAACAACAAGAAGCAGUAAAUGAUAGUUCCAGUGACAAGACUGCAUGUGUGGGUCUCAACUCACUUAUACUUUGGAACAAUCAUCUUACCCAGCAGUCAGCACCACACCUAGCUGCAAUGCUAGCAGCAACUAAAACUCUGGAAACCUUAAAUCUAGGACGUAAUAACCUUACGAGUGAAGGUAUUUUACGCUUGAAAGAGUCCCUACUGAGAAAUCACGCCUUACUUCGUUUAGGUCUUCAAGCAGCUCGUAUAGCAGAUGAAGGCGCUGUAGCUCUUGCAGAAUAUACUGCUGACAACACUGCCAUUCAACACAUUGACCUUCGAGAAAACCCAAUACGUGUGGCUGGGCUCAUGGCAUUAGCUCACUCACUGCGUCUUAAUUCUACUAUCAUUCAAAUGGACAUUGACUCUGACCCUAGAACUGAACCAGCAGUAGAGUUAGCAGAACAGCAUUCUUCAUUACAAAAAGAAAUAAAAGAGUAUUGUCAGCGGAACUUGACUCAAAGCCAUGUACGUGCUUCAGAAGAACAUGCUAAAGUUGUCAAGCAAGAAGGGAAUAAAGAUAGAUCUCCUAAUGAAGGGUCAUGUACUAGUGGAGCCAUUAGAAAAAUUUCACUUUCUUGUGAGACGGCAACAAGCAAAACAUGUGUUACUGAUAAAACUGAAGGGACAAACCGAGAAGACGAAAAACAAAAGUACACAAGUCCAGCUCCAAGUCCGCUUCCAAGCCCUUCUCCAAGCCCUUGUGCUAGCCCAUCUCCCAGUCCAGUACCUAGUCCUCUCAAGAAUCGAUUCAGAGUUUUCAAAGUACAUGAAACUUCCAAAAGUUCACCUGAGCUAAUCACAGGUUCUAGCCAAAUGCCUGUUCUUGCCAAUUCAAUUCCUGUCUCUCAAACAGGAAGAAGUAUGUCAACAGGUGACUUAAGUCAGUCACAAAAGCAGAAUUCUGUGCAGUCCAACAGGUUCAGUUCUGGAGGUCGUUUCACGGUAACCCGGGUGGCUGAACCAUCUGGCUCUCGUAGCUUGCCUGUUGACCAAGAGAAGGCCACAAGCAUUACUACUAAUUACAGUAAUGCAAGUUCUGCAUCAGGGCCAAAAAUUGUAAUUUCUUCACCAGUUAGGGUAGAAAGAGGUUUCAGUGUAGAUGGAACUUCAUCUCCAUUAGUCAUGGAUAAAAAUGGAGAUAAUGAAUAUAAAUGUGAGCAGACUAAGACUUUACAAUGUAAGUCAUCUAGUCAACCAGAGGAUCAAGUACACCCACAACACCAGUCAUCAGGCCUUGUCAGACUGAAAUCAGAGGUAGAAAGUGAUGAUGUGUUUGUGGAUGCCAUAAAUUUCAAGACAGCUUCUUCAGAGUGCCAGAGAAAAGACUUGGCAUCACAAAGAAAUAGAGCCAUGUAUAAAACUAACCCAGCUGAGAGUCAGAGGAGUGAGAAGAAUUCAGACUCUUUAAGUUCAAGUGAUCUUACAGAUAGUGGUUUCCUGGAUGAGGGUGUGUGUGGCAGGGGAGUUGAGAGUCUUGCACUAAGCCCCAGCACCCCACAUCCUGAAAGUGAUCGAGACUCACUUUUGAGCUCCUCAAUGGACAGCACCAGUCAAGAGGACACAGGACUAAGUUUAGCCAUAGACAGGAGCAGUGUCGUUCUAAGUUCAACGCCUUGCAUUCCACUUCUGGCGUGCCAGCCUCAGCAGUCAGAUUUACUCUUGUUGAAUGAACCCCCAAAGAGGGCACCUCUUGCUUCUAUGGAAAAUGGUAGCUUUGACUCUGAUAGUGAGGAUAGUGAGUUAACUACACAAUCAUCAGAUUCCACACACAGUGAUGAGGUACGCAUCACCACUGAACAGUAUGAACCAAUACCUGCUUGGGGAUCUAAGCAAGAGCCAACUGAGGUUACUAUUUCUUCCCAGGCUGUAUCUUCAUCAGGAUCUCCAGCAACGUCUUAAACAAUCUUGCAAACUUUACAAAACUCCUACAGUGUAUUUUCGUGUCGGAAAGUUUACACUUUUAACCUCGUGAGCUGGAGUUAUAGAAGGUUGCAUUAACAAGGCAAAUAUAUGGCCGAGUACUACGUCAAGGGGCAUUGUGAGAGAAGUCUGCUGUCACUUGCAUGGUCGGUGUCAUUUCAUUAUAUAAUGUAUUAAUGAUAUAUAAUUUACCUCACCAAUUCUCAUUUCAAGUAUCAAAAAUUUUGUAUAAUUUUACAAGAUAGCAUUUAUUAUUAUUUGAAAAUAUCAGUGCACACAUACUUUGCUAAGAAACUUUGAUUUUUGCUAAAUUCUAGAUUUUUGCUGACUAUGGUAACUGCAUUACCUAUUUUAACUAAUUACUAUAGAAUAUUUUCAUGUACAUUAUAAUGAAACUUUUAUUAUCAAAUUUAGUUUUUAAGCAAAAUUGAGCAAAAGUUGUGUAUUAUUUAAAUUUUAAUAGAUAUUUUCUUUUUAGUUUCACAAUUAUAUUGUACAUACUGUGCAGGUGUCUCUUCCAAUUUAAGAUGGGUGCCAUCUACAGUACUUACACCUCUUUAAAGGAAAUACAAAGACAAAAAAUAUAUUUUUAUUUAUUUAAGUGUACCGGUAUUGUUCACAGUUUAAAUAUUUUACAUUACCUCAGUUUAAGGUUGCUGUAUUUUUGGCAAUCAUGUAAAUGGAGUAUGAUUUUGAUUUUAGUCGUGUAAAUACGUGAAUGGGAGUAACAUUGUGCUUAGUAUUGUCUUAUAUUGUCACUGAUAUGGUUGGAGACAUUUUAUUACGUAUUUUAUAAAAAAUGAUUUUUUUCAGACUGUAAUUUUGCAUGAGAAAAGCUUUUGUUAUCAAUGAACAUUUAUAUUAAUGAGAUUAUCAUUGUGCCAUAAAAAUUAAAUCUUUCAUGCUUUUGAAUGUUUAUACAGGGUAUCACAAAUUUGUUAUAGAAAAAAAAGACAACCACUUCGGUGUCCUCAAAGUAUAAAAUGCAUACAUAAACAUUUUGUAGUGUGAUGAAUGUAUGUGUCCCUGUUCUGUUUUCUUGAGACUCUGGUCGCCCCAAGUCCAGAUUUAGAGAAAUGAAAAUGUUCUGUAACAUUCUUCUAAAAGUACUGAAUGACAAUUUGUCCCAGCAUUGGUUCACAUCCCAGCACUGGCUCGUGUCCCAGUACUGGCUCAUGUCCCAGCAAUGGCUCAUAUCCUAGCACUGGCUCAUAUCCUAGCACUGGCUCAUGUCCCAGCACUGGUUCACUUCCCAGCACUGGGUUCAUGUCCUGGCACUAGCUCAUGUCCCAACACUGGGGUUAUGUGCCAACACUGGGGCCACGUCCCAGUACUGGGCUCACGUACCAGCUCUGGGCUCACAUACCAGGUCUGGGCUCAUUUCCCAGCCAUGGGUUCAUGUCCCAGCCCUGGGUUUAUUUCCCAGCCCUGGGGGUUCAUGUCCCAGCCCUGGGUCAUGUCCCAGCCCUGGGUUCAUGUUCCAGCCCUGGGUUCAUGUCCCAGCCCUGGGUUCAUGUCCCAGCCCUGGGUUCAUGUCCCAGCUCUGGGUUCAUGUCCCAGCCCUGGGCCAUGUCCCAGCCCUGGGUUCAUGUCCCAGCCCUGGGGGUUCAUGUCCCAGCCCUGGGUUCAUGUCCCAGCCCUGGGGGUUCAUGUCCCAGCCCUGGGUUCAUGUCCCAGCCCUGGGCCAUGUCCCUAAUACCAUAUCAACAGUAAUAUUCUUCUAGAAAUAAUCAGAUUGUUUUUAGAACAUUUCCUGAAGUGCUUGUUUGGUGUUGGUUGUAUUAUAGCGAAGCUUUACCAUAAAAUAAUUAACAGCAACAGAUAUGGGCUUGAAAGUACAAAAAAUUAACUACAGUGUUGAAUUACCAUUUUAUUUAGUCAAAGAAAUUCUACAGUACCUUGAAUUUUGUAUUUAUGAUUUUGUUUGUAAAAAUACAUAUUGUGCUCUGAUGUGUAGUACAACUAUUAUCAGCAAAAGUUUAAUUUUAAAAGUGAGGCUAGUAAUAAAAAUACAGCAAAAUAAAUACAGUAUCUCGGUUUAAGUGACAAAUUCUUAACUAACUGGCAUCUCCUAAAUACAGGUGAUAAAUGUAUUUGUUGCAACACUGAUCAAGAAAGUGUUGUUCUUUCACCGCUGAAAACCAUGUUCCUCUCAGAAUGACCUGUAACCUCCCCUCAAUACAAUAUAUCUACACUAUUUUAAAUUAGCAAAAAAAUAAAAAUAAAAAAAACCCAUUGUAGUUGAGCAUGGUUUUGAAUUGUAUUAAUCCUUUAUGGAGGUAAAUUGUUGUUUAAUAAAUAUUUUAUUGGGAUUAUUGACCAUGAAUUGUGUAGGUUGGAUCAUAUACUGUACUUGAGAUUUUAAUUUCAUCACUACAAAGCAGAUGAUUUAAUAUAAUUAGAUGUUAGCUUGCUGCUUGUGUACAGUGUUUGUGAUAACUUGAAGACUGCCACGCGUGCAGUUAGCUGUGUGUUUUGGUAAACCAAGGUGUCCGCCACCAGUCUUGUUCCUAUACUUUUAACAAGAUAGCCAACAGUGGUGACUGGCCCAUUGAAAUUUUGGUGCUAAUUGUUGGAUAGUUGAAAAUUCAGUGCAAUUUCUUUCCUUAUACUAGAACUCGUGCUACUAGCAUUUGGGAGCUGUAAAAUUAGAAUAGGUAAUGAACUAGUUCUUUUAUGUAAAUAAGAUAAGUUAACGGGACAGGUAGAGGGUGGGGUUUUCUUGGUACAGUACUGUAGUACAGUAUAGUGUAUAUAGGCUAGUAGUUAUCGUGUGGGGGGCCGAUGCUUUUCUCUGGUGACGGCGGUACAAACUCAUCGUGGUGAUGCCAGGGAUUGCAUGUCCCUAGCUCACACUUCAAUGGGGUAGUAGAUAUUUCUACUGUUGAUGAUAAAGAGUCUGAGGAUGAUUUUUCCUGCGUCUCGUCAUAUUUAAAUUGGUGUUACGGUUGUUCGCGUAAGUUCAUCAUUUCCAUAGUUACUGCUGUAAGUUGUAAUAUGUUUAUAAACAUUAUGCUGAUUGCCUAUUUUUCAAUAUUUUGUACUUUUCAUACUGGUAAUAGAUGGUUUGUUCAAAACACUAUAAAUUAAAAAUAUCAGUAAUUAGACCUGUGUAUUUUAUAUUAAAAUAAUUUUUUUAAUGAAGUACCUUAUGUCUUGCCAGCAUUGUGUUUACAGCGUGAAGAUAUUCAAGUCAUUCAUUUGUUUAAGACAGUUAUCAUGAAUGUCUUUCAAUUUGAAAAAUGUCUUUUCUCUCUCUCUUUCUCUCUCUCUCUCUCUUGGACAGCAAAGGUUAUUUAGUGGCAUGAGGAUUACCUUAAUGAAUGCACCCAUUUGAUCCACGUGUAAAUUUAGCUAGUAGCCAUUCUCAUUCACAAUUGGUGAGAUGCGGUGUUGGGAGGACUUUAAGUGAAGAUGAGAAUGGUCUUGUAUUAGUAGCACUGAGUUACGUGUACCGACAUAUAAGAUAUGUAAAGCUGUGUUCAUGGUGCGUUAACUGACCUCCACUCACCUGGGUGAUAAAUGUGGGUACUGUGUCUUCAUUGAAGCAGAUCCUUUCACACUGGCAACCAACCCAACCUACAUAAUGACCACCUCCAUAUUCACCUACAAUUAUUUAUUUAUUUAUUUUACAAAACCAUUUAGCAUCAUACCAAAUAUAUCCAGGAAUGUUGGAUUUAUUUUUAUUAUGGUACAUUAACUGAAAUAAAUCAAGUGUGGGAAGAGAGCUAACUGUAUUGUAUUCUGAAAGCUUGAGUACUGAUGUUUAACAUGCUCUGGAAGCUUGCAUACUGAUGUUUAAUAUGCUCUGGAAGCUUACAUUCUAAUGUUUAACAUGUUCUGGAAGCUUGCAUACUGAUGUUGAACAUAUUCUGGAAGUUUGCUUAUUGAUGUUACGAACAUACUUUGCAGGAUGUCCCACGAUUACUGGUAGCAGAUAUUAAUAGUGGUGUGAUGUGUAAACCUGAAUGAUUGGCAAACCUCCAACCAAUAAUAGGGAGAACCAAGAGAUAUUUUGUUAAAGUUUUAUUAUGUAUAUAUUGAAGCAACUAGAUGCUUUAUCCUUAUAUUAGCUGAGAAUCUACCCAGUGGGCACUGUUGGUUAAAAAGUGACCAAUUUGACAUACUGCUUAGUAUGAAACAUCGGUCGCUUUCAACCAAUGGUGCCCACUGGGUAGCUAGCAAUGUGAUAGCCUCAAUUUGUACCAAUUAAAUGAGGACAUUUUGAUUCUGAAAUGGGAAUGUGAUGAAAAUUAUAUAUAUGCUUUAUAACUCGUGUUCAGCAUCUUUGUGAGUAGGUUUUAUGUCAUCGUCUUGAGAAACUGGCCUCGUAUCAGGCUUUUUACUUUAUAAAUAUAUGUGGGCACUUGAACACUAACCCUUGGAAGUGUUUUCAGUUACAGCUGCACAAAUGUUAUACAUAGGGGAUUUGCUACUCUGAAGAGAAUUUAGGAAGGUGAAUGUACUAUAUAAAGUAGUACUGUACUUUUAAAUUGGAUAUUGUAUAAUUGCAUUAAUAUAAUGAACAAUAUUGAUCCUGAUACUAAUUGCAAUGAAGAGAAAUAUUCAUUGUUCACUUCAAAUUAUUUAUGCUCUUAACCUCAGGUGUAAAAAGACUCAGGAUUUCUCAUACAAACAUUUCUAAAUAAACAGUAAAAAUAAAUCAUAAAUAUAAUAUUAAUGCAUAUAUAGUAUUAAACUUUAUAUGCUGAACUUUGACCAUGAUCUUUGUCCUACUUUUUGCAAAAUUUAAAGUUUUUACUUUGCCAUAACCAAGCUUAGAUGAUAGGUUUUGUCAAAAUUGGUCUACAUAUUUCAGAGAUUUUGCUCAUUAAAAAAUGCAAAAUGAAAACAAUAACAAUGUUAUCCAUUGGGCAAGGUUAGCAAUUUGUAAACUAUGGAUAUUUACAUUCAAAGUCUUGAA